CAGACACAGGCAUCAGUGUUUUCCCGUCUUACAAGGAAGGUAUAUAGCCUAUUGUUACAUUCUGCGCAUUACGACGUAUAAGUCAAACAUAAUGUCCCCAUACAAAUCCCAUCACAUACAACUUUUGUUUUCAUUAGUUUAGAUUCGAACUUUGCUUUUGAAUCACAUGUGAAGGAUUCAAUACCUAAGAAAUACUCUAACAUUGUGCAGUGUUUCAUCAGUGUAUCAAUAAGUGCUAAGAUUUUUAUUGAUAGAGUCAGUGUAGAUUAUCAAUAUGAAGGUAUCACAUUCGUUCACGAAGCUAGUGAUCAAAAUGAUAAUUCUAAUGAUGUUAUUCGUGCUAAUGUUCAUGAUAUCCUCGUUUCUAUACAGUGCGAAGUACUGGCCUGAUGUUUACAACUAUAUAAAUGCUAAUAUAACUAUCAAAAGGAUUCCAACUAUUUCCGAAUUACAAUUAACUGUCGUAGACGUUGAUUAUACUACUGAAGCUGAAGUGUAUACCACAACCGAUCAGGACUACAUGGAGAUGACGACAAGCGAAGACUUUGACAUUGACGAGUUUAUGAAAGACGAAUUCGAUUUGAAAGCGAAAACGAAAAGAAAUAUAGAAAUAGAACAAUUCAAAGACUAUAUAGAACUACCUCCUAGAGGUAUAUUCGUAGAUUAUGUAUUUCUAGAAGAACCAAUCAAGCAGAAUGAUUCUAAAACAUCUGAAGAAGAAACUGAUGUUUUUGAUGAAGAAGAGAGUAUUUACAAAACUUCCGUAACAUUACUAGUAGACGAUCUCGAUGGAACCACGUUACAAGAAGUGAGUGAAGACCCAGCAGUUACAAAGAAGUAUUACACUGUUCAAGACUCCAUUAAUAAAGAAGAGAAUAGAGAAAUAACAGAAGAACCGAUGACAAAAGAAAUAGAAUUACAAGUUUUUGAACAUACUACAACAAAAGAAGGUUAUUUGGUUGGUGAUGAUCAAAACUGUGAAGAGGAAGAAGAAUCAGUGGCCUUAACGACAGAAGGAAUGGAAAAUGAGUUGGUAGAAGAAGAAGAGAAGAUUAUGAGAGAUUUGGUCGAUUUCAGUAAGAUGAGCACUAGAAAAUCUGAUGUUGAAAUGUUUACUGGGAAGCCUGAGAAAUUUCAGAUGAUGUCAGACCCUGUCUGCGAAGGCGACCCUAGCUGCAAGGACUUUUCCAAGACGGUGUUCCCCUGGAUCGUCUCCAUCUUCAUCACCAACAACUCCAACGAAAGCCAGUUCAGCUACUACUGCGAUGGAGCGCUGCUCUCCGAGAAAGUUAUUAUCACUGAUGCCAGAUGCUUGAUCAUCGCGAACCAGACGUGGCUGCCUCAGGACGUGCUGGUCUUCCUCGGCAAAGAGAACCUGCAGUCAUUUGGAGGGAACGAGAAAGUACAUAAGAUCAAAGAAAUAAUGAUCCAUCCGAACUUCACGGUCGACAGUGAGGGCAUAGCAUCGAAUGCCCUCGCCCUGCUCAUCACUGAGGAUACUGUGGAGUUCAGGACCAACAUUCAGAGCGCCUGCUUCCACCAGGACUGGAGGGGCAAUGGGGAUGAGGCUGCUACUACCGCGUGGGGUCUGAAUGGAACACUUCUCCCGAUAAUCUUCAACAAGAAUAAGGACGACACCUGCUAUGAUAGAAGUGACGAAGUGUUUUGUGCUACAUACGGUAAUGGCGUAGCGCUCUGCCCGAGCUACGGUGGUCUCUACGUGAUCCGCAAGGGCUACAGCUGGUGCCUGCAGGGGAUCUACCACGGCGACCCCACCGACCGAGGACUCUGCUUCUCCAAGAACGUGCUCUACACCGCCCUCAGCAAACACAUCAAAUGGAUCGAUGAUGCUAUUGAUAAUAAUAAAAAUGAUAUUUUGUAGGUUUUUGUUUUAUUC